UUCGGCUCGGCCUUCAACAAACGCCGCCGAGGGAGCGACCGACCCCACAAAUGCCCGGAGUGCGGGAAGUGUUUUCGGCUCAGCUCCACCCUCAUCACCCACCAACGCCGGCACGCUGGCGAGAAGCCCUACAAGUGCCCCGACUGCGGCAAGACCUUCAGCGUGGGUUCGGCCUUCAUCCAACAUCAACGGGUGCACGCCGGCGCCGGUGCCAGCGCGGCGCCUUGCCAGUGCAGCGUCUGCGGGAAGAGUUUCCCGGCCAGCGCCAGUUUGGUGAAACACCAAAAAUUACACCUGGAGGAGAAACCCUACAAGUGCGGGGAUUGCGGGAAAGGGUUCAACUGGAAUUCGCACCUGGAGCGGCAUCGCCGGAUCCACACCGGCGAAAAGCCCUAUGCUUGCCCGGAGUGCGGCAAGAGCUUCAGCUGGAGCUCCCACCUUGACCGGCAUCGCCGUACCCACGCCGGCGCCG